AUGCAGCGCCUGCAGCGAACAAGGGCGCCUAGCAGCGCCUCCUUACGGACCCUUGCGCCCCGGCCCGCCGCCACGCGCCGCCGCGCUGCCCGCUGCGUUCCCGCCUCCGCGGUCGCCGACGCGCCCGCCCCCGCAGCGUCCGCGGGCGGCGUCAAGCCGCGCAUCGCGAUCGCCUGCGGCGACCCGUCGGGGAUCGGCCCCGAGGUCUGCCUCAAGGCCCUGUCUGACCCCUCAG